UCAGAAACAGGAGUGGGAGGUGUGGUUUUUGCAGCUGUAUGCUGAUGCUGGCAUCAGGAAGUACUGCUGGAGUGAGCAGACGAAGAAAGAGGGGGCAUUUUUUAGCAGCACUGCUAAAGCAGGUCAGGAAAGAUGGCUGAGGUGCCUUACAGUGGAGAAGCUGUCCUGUUUACAGAGACCUACGGCUCACAUUUAUCUCAUGAGUAUUCCUUCACCCAGGAGGGGAAGCUUUCUUGUAGGUCUGAAAAGGAGCCAGCGAAACAUCAGACACUAAAAGCAUUCUUCACGUCUGUGUUCCUGCCUCAGGGCUACCCUGACAGUGUAAGCAGUGAUUACCUCACGUACCAGAUCUGGGACACUAUACAGGCGUUUGCCAGCAGUAUCACUGGUACUUUGGCCACACAGGGCACCCUGCGAGGAGUCGGUGUGGGAGAUAACACAGCCACAGUGGUCGGUGCCACUGUUACGUGGAUACUGAAAGAUGGAACGGGUAUGCUGGGUCGUAUCCUAUUUGCUUGGAUGAAAGGGACCAAACUUGACUGCGAUGCAAAGAAAUGGAGGCUGUUUGCAGAUGUGCUGAAUGACGUUGCCAUCUUUAUGGAGAUCGUGGCUCCAGCUUUCCCGUUAUGUUUCACACUUAUCGUCUGCAUCGCCGGAGUGUUUAAGUCCAUUGUUGGAGUUGCUGGUGGAGCCACAAGGGCGGCGCUAACCAUGCAUCAGGCUCAACGAGACAACAUGGCGGACGUCUCUGCUAAAGAUGGCAGUCAGGAGACGCUUGUCAAUUUAGCGGGUUUGCUGGUGAGCCUUCUUCUCAUCCCACUGGUAACGGACAGCAUUCGCCUGACUUACAUUCUCUUCAUACUGUUCACAUCACUACAUCUGUUUGCUAACUAUCGAGCAGUCAGAGGAAUUGUUAUGGAAACGCUGAACCAGUCUCGUCUCCGUAUUGUGCUGAACCAUUACCUCAAAGAGGGCAAGAUACUCACACCAGCAGCAGCCAACGCAAAGGAGCCUGUUUUUCCAGAAUGCCAGAAACAUGUGUCCAUCAGGCUAGGCGUAUCAGUGAAUGAACUUAUGUCCAGCUUGAACGAUUUUGAAAAAACACUGAAGAAUAACACAAAAGAUUAUUUGUUGGGUGUGAGUCGCUCUGAAGGUUUAGUCACCAUUGUUCUCCAUGUGACAGCUACAAGUGAAGACCUGAUUCAGGCAUGUUUCCAAGCUGAACUUCUCAACACCUUGCUAUACCAGGAUGUCAGUGGCUUUGCUGUGGAAACGGAUACCUUGAAGGAACUACAUGAGAAGUGCAAAGAAGAUAAGGAUAACAAACUGUGGGAUGUAGUUGCGGAUACACAUAUCCUAGUAGAUAAAAUGUUCCCCAAAUUUUGGAGAGGUCUGAGUUUAGCUGGCUGGGUGACAGAUCGAAACCAUCUGGAUGCUGACGAAUGGAGACUGAACCAAAACCCCGAAGACAAGAAGAGUCAGUAAUGGUUUAGCGAAGAGGCUAGAGGAAGAGACUUCACUGUAGACACUGCACUGCUAGUGUGCCUUAUCGACACAUUUCCUACCAGAAGACUGCUUGCUCUGUUUUUGUAGGGUUGGGGGAAAUACUAACAUAUAACUCCUCCCUGAGCUCCCAUUUUUAUUUUGCUCCCUCAGUGGCAGUUACCUUGGUGACGAAGCCUUACACCCCGAAUCUCAUUAUUCCUUUGAUGUCAUCCAAGAACUUGUCACAUUCCAUCCAUCCUCCUCCUCCUGCCAUGGUGAGGAUAACAUGGAGAGAUGACUGAGUCCGACAAAUUUCUGCAAAUAAAUGUCAGUUUUCUUACAUGUGAAUGUAUGCAGUAAUACACACAGGGCCAAUGCUACCCACUUGUUAUGUUGUUAUUGUGCUGUUUCUGUCACAAUGCACCUUUACCCAAUGAGUUUGCCUUGUCAGGGCCAUGUCCCUCAAAAUCCAUUGUCCCAUUUUAUUCCACCCUUGCUCCCUGUCCAACUUUGUCAUUAGUGCACCUAAGCCUGUACUGCUUCUUGUCCCGUCAAUAUCCAACAAGCUACUGCAGUGGUUACACCUGGUAAAUGAGCACUCGUGUUGUUGGGGAGGUUUCAUUCAUCAGUGGAUAUCCCCCUGUAGGAAUAUUCAUGUUCUAGCAGACAGCAAGACCGAGUGGCAUCAUUUUCCAGUAUGAAACUGGGGAUUGAUAGUGAUGGGACUGUUACCCAUUAUUUAGUCCAUGGUGGAAGGUCCUUUGUUCUUCAAAGUAAGCAUGAAAUGAUGUUAUGCAUAUCCGCUUUAUGGUUCUUUGUGAGACAGCUCAGAGCCGUCCUUUUGCCACUAACAAGACAGAAUCUAUGCUGAUCUUGAACUUAUAAACACAGCCAGUAUAGGAAGGUCCACUCCUUCCACUGCUGCCAUAGUGCUGUCUCACGGGGUAGGGAGACAGAUCCCAAAGUUAUCCUUCUGUUCCUCAAAGAAGAAAGGCUGUCCCCAUAGUGGUCACAUCCAUCCCAGGCACCCCUUCUUCUGAAGAAGAGAGAACAGUCCCCAGAGUGGUCACUUCUAUCCCAGGCACCCCUCCUUCCUCUCAGGAAGAGAGAACAGUCCCCAGAGUAGUCCAUUCCAUCCCAGGCAUCCCUAUUUCCUCUCAGAAAGACAGAACAGUUCCCAGAGUGGUCACUUCCAUCCCAGGCAGCCCUCCUUCCCCUCAAAAAGACAGAACAGCCUCCAAAUUGGUCACUUCACUCACUUAGAGAGGGAGAGCCUGGACUUAGAGUGGUCACUUUUUCCCUUUUGUCUUCUCAUCCUCCCCGCAAGGAAUAAGAGGUGUCCCUGAAGCAAUCAGUUCUUCCCUCCCAACCAUGUGUUCUUCCUCUCAUUGAAGAACAACCUGUCCCUAAAAUGGUCAGUUCUUUCCCUCCUAGCCACCUCUUCCUUCUGUCAUAGAAGGACAGCUAUUCCUAGAUUGGUCAUUUCUCCCUCCAGCUUACCCUUUAAUCCCCUCAGGUAAGAAGAGCUGUUUGAAUGCUGGUCAGUCCCUUCUUCACAGCCUCUCCAUUCUCCUUCAGGGACAGGUGAAAAAAUUGUCAUAGAGAAAGGGGCAAAGAACUGUCUAUGAUGCUCAUUUUAUUCUUUUUUUCUGAAAUACACUGACCCCUACCAAGAAAAAAAAACUGUUUCUUGGAUGAUUGCCCCCCCCCCAUUUUGAAAGCAGUGUAUUUGUGAAGGUCAGCCCUUCUGAUCCCCGACUUCAGUUCUCAGUACUUCCCACUCAGUUGCUUCAUUCCCUUUCCCGGAUAAAGAGUGCUGUCACUCACAUGUUCAUUCCUUCCCUCAGCAGCUCUUUUUGUAGCUACCGGGAUCUUGCAGUGAAGCCCAGUUCCUGACAUCACAUUUGAGAACAUUACAUCUGUUUAGGAGUGUCUCUACUCAGAGAAUCUACAUCAUCUGUUCAUGUAGAGGAAGUGGUGUUCUGUCCAUAAAGCACACAGUUCAGAGAUCCACAUUUAGACAACAAGGACUUUUUUAAACCACACCCCAAGUAUUUCUUUCCUCAUCACUUGAUGUGGAUAAAGCCCAGGGUUUGCCCCCUGCAGGUAUUUUGUCCCUCAUCCCUUAUUUAGGACAUAGCACAGUAUUUGCCCUUUUUGGUAUUUCUUCCAUCAUCCCUUGAUGUUGACAUAACAGAGUUUGCCGCUCUGAUAAUUCUUCCCUCCUGCUCUGAUGUGGAAAAAGCCCAUGGUGUCACAUUCUCACAACAUGCUCCUCAGGAAUCCUGCAUUGACUAUGGUGAUGCAAGUGAUCACCAUGUCCUGCCAGCCCAGAUAACAUAAUACAAAUCCUGAGCCAGUCUACCUUUAGUGCUGGAUCUUUUUUUGUGCUGUGCCAGUGACCUGAGUUCAAAACCAGAUGUGGGUUAUUGAACAGCUGGCACGUAAAGGACACAUAUGACACACUGAAUGCUUGCUUUGGUACUGCAGGAAAGAGGAGAUCAUCCUAGAUAAGACUUUAUAUACUUACGAACCACCACUAACGCUGUCUAUGAGGCACCAAAGUUUGUCUCCCAAGUUAGGAGAAGACCUGACAGUCUCUUAUUUACACUGAGGACACAACCAACAAGAUGAGGUCAGGGCAUUGUGGACAACCAGUAAAAUAUAGGUUUCUAUCUGGGUUCAUGUUGUGGUUGUGUCAGAAAAGGUUUAGAAUAUGGUUUUUAGGAAAAUCACAGUAAUGCACCAAGAUAUUUAAUGCAUUUGGGGGGGGGGGGCUGGCCUGGCCACACAGAGCAGAAUUUAUAAUGAAUCUCAUUUUCUUUAUAUUUCAGUGGAACAAUAAAAUGCAUGAAACGAGAUAUGAGCACUUUGAUAUUUUAAACCAAAGAUGUAUAGUUGAAAAAAUAAGUAUGAUUACAUUUAUUUCUGCUAGAAAAUGCUGCUAAAAAGAGUAUGGUUUAACCUCUAGCUUCAGAUUGUAGUUGCACCAACCACUGGCACCAGCUAUUGAAGUGCACCUUCCUCCUAUUUGCAUGUAUUCAUCAGUUUCAUCAGAUAGUCUUGUCUGUGUUUCUGGGCAGGGGCAUCAGUUUCAUCAGACAGUUGUAUCUGUGUUUCUGGGCAAGGGCAUCAGUUUCAUCAGAUAGCUGUUUCUGGGCAGGGGCAUCAGUUUCAUCAGAUAGUUGUAUCUGUGUUUCUGGGCAGUGAGUGAGUGGGGGAGGUGGACUGCAUCAUGACAUAUCAGAACGAUGGUUUGAACUUGAAAUUUUGGGUACCCUCUGUAUGCAUGCUGGGGGGGUUGCCUUGCAACCUGUACUGUAAGAGUAGAUAAAGUAAAAUGGAAGUAGGAAACGCCUUCGUGAGUCCUGUACUUGGGGGCAGGUGAAAUGCAUAAAUAGGUAAGAAGCAGCUUCCUUUUGGCCUCAGUUAUUUGUUAGAGCAGGCAGGCAUCUACAGCAUGAGAUGCAUUAUAAAUGUAGCUAAAAGUGUCACCAACUGUACGUCUGGCAGAGCAGUGUAGGGGGUUAUCCCUAGGGAGAUAUUAAUGACCAGGCAGGCAGUACUUGCAGAUAUCAGAGCUAUAGCCCUAUCACUGGCCAGAAAUGUCUGGAUCUAGUUUUCUAGCCAGCAGUAUUGGCAUGGAACACCAAGGCACAAUAUACAUGCUGUCUAGACUCUACUCAUCCAGUGACAUCCAUCAGGUACUUGCUGCGCAAACAAUGUGUCUUUAUUGUGGUUUAGCAGACACUUUGCCUCAUGUAAGGCAGAUGAUCACAGAGCCUUCCUUUUCGACCCUUGACUGUAGCACUGCAGUGCAUGGCUGGUAGUGGUGGUAUGGUGGAAAAGAAGGUCUUACUUUGCACUGCUAAUCACCUGGAUGUUCAUACUGUAUCAGUUUUCCCAGAGAUAAAAGAAAUGGGGGGGAGCAGUCUGACAAAAAAGUAGGAUGAAGCUAUUCAUAAUUCUAAUCCACCAAAGCCUCUGAGGGAUGAUAUAAUAAAGCUGCGGAAGAGAUGUGCCUGACUCUGAUUGAUAAGUUUAUUUACUUUUUAAAUUCUCUUUCUGGCAGGCUUUUGUUUCAUGUCUGGUAUAAUGCUGCAGCUCAUUUGCUGCUGCUGUGCCUGCUUUUGAACCAUUUUCACAUUUGAUGUGCAUUUUAAAUGUAGGGCUCGGGCUGCAUUUUCUUCAGCAUUCUUCACCAGUAUCAUAUUUAAAGUCACAGAAUGUUGUUUCACAGUUGUAUAUACAUGCUGUUUUUGGCUCCGUAUUGAAAUGUCAAGAGCUGUAAUAGUGAGGCCGAAGACUGGAACAAAAAAAGGCUGAAAACACAGAAGAACAGUGAAUAUUAAACAUAGCUCUUUCCUUUUAGAGUUGUUUUUUCAUGGAGCAUGUGUCCCUGCACCCCCCCAACUUAUAUACAACAAUUCUGAGAUCACUUCAGAGAAACGAGAGUAUUCCAAGAAAUUUAGUGUAUGUAAGUCUACAUUUUUGUUCAUUCAGUCUUGCUUUUUUGGGACUUGCACUAACGAAGCUUGAAAUUUCAAACGGUUACCCUAUUUUUUUGACUUCCCAUACUUGGUGACAUCUUACCUCAAACUGUGAGUCAUGCCUGUUCGUUCCUGACUGAAUGGCAGUUGAUUAUGACAUCACCUUCAUGCACAUAUCCAUCAGGGUAUUUUUUUACUAUGUACUCUAAUGUGCCCAGUGUGUACUGCGUACAUGCUGCACCAGCGGACAUGAAAUGGGUGCAGUUGCUGGGCCAUCGCUUGUUUCUGUUGGUGAUGUAGCCCCUCGCGGAUAGCUUCCAUUAGACCUGCAUUCUGCACCAGGGAUGAAUUAGUAUGUAAUUUGCCAUGUGAAAUGCUUCUUGACUUUCUUCCCUGGAUGGCAUUUGCAGGUCCUCCCUGUUCAUUCCUGCCUAUACCCAGCUAGCUCCAGUACUGCUUGGUCAACUAAUCAAACCCAGGUCUGCUGGAUCGGAGUCCGUGCUCCAUUCCUAGGCUGCUGUCUGCAGGUGGAGACCAGAAUACAGGUGCAUUGUUUGUACAGCAUCAACUGCUAGACAUAGAGUCUGACAAAUGAUACACAUUCUGUGCUUCUAGGUCAGGGAGAACCAGCGGGGAUGGGCUGCAGGAUGAACUGCCUCACUAUGCCACAGUGACUUUGCAAAGCCACCCUAAUUAAUGUGAGACAAGUGUGGCAGAAGACUUUGCUUCUUAAUCUUUCUGGGAGUGAUUUGAUUAAUUAGUAAUAGAUGUUGGUUGUAGCAGUUAGUCAUGGCUGUUAUAAGGCACCUCUUGUUGGAUGGCUGACUGAGUAUAUACUGGGUGUGAAGAAUAUGGGUGAUGAGGGAAUGUCUGUAGUCCCAAAGAACAGGUUAGAUCUUCCAUUCCUGCUCAGGUGUGUAGGUUGAAGGUCAGCUUUAAUCAGCUCCUUGCUUUUGUGGAACCUCAUUGGUUACGCUUCCUGUGACCUUUGUUUAGGAUUCAACAUAAAGUUGGGAGCUUAGCAUGGCCAUCCAAGAUGGAAAUGUUAAUCAUAGUGGACCUUGUCACUGUCUGAAUUUAUGGCCACACAUGGCUACACUACCAGCUUGCUGAAUUUACCAUGAGGCAUGUGUUUAGAAAAGUGGCUUUUGGUGGGGCUUCCCUUGACCUAUGUAAUAGUGCUUAUUCUCAUGCAGGCACUGAAGCUUGUAAAACAUAAAAUUGCACUGAGAACACUUAAGUUUCAGCCUGCUUGGUUUACUCAUUUAUUGCUGCACAAAUUAAAAAAACACUAUGAAAAUUUGAAUUGGGAGAGAACUGGUCUGCUGGCAUAUUGGUGUUCAGAGGCUGAAGUAUAUUAGAAAGGUGUUGGGGUACUAGUGGCACUAGUUAUCAUUGAAGUGGGCCAUAUACUACACUGGUCAGGAUAUCGUAUACACUUUCAGUGUGCUGAGGCACAGCUCUUGCAGAAAAAAAGCAGUUUAUAUGUUAGGUAAUUCCUUUAGUUAAGCAGUGCUUAUAGCCUAGCCAGGAUACCUGUACAUGGGCCAUCAGUGCAGACUCUUAUGAUUUUGAAAUGUGACUCUGUCCUCCUUCCAUACAAACACAGCUACAUGCACACACAUGGCACUGUGCAACUAGUGUCAUUGUACUGGCAUCUUUGGGACUAUGGGCUACAACAAGGUAAACCUUUGUAUAGGUCUCUCUGCUUUGUGUGUGAAUGGGUGAGUUGCAUUGGUUUAUGCAGAACAUUAAAGUUUACAGUGUUUGUUUCCUUUUCUAUAUGAAGUGGUGUUGCUUCCUUUACAGCUACCAGCAUUGUUAAUUAGCAUGGGACUAUUUCAUGGAAAUAUGUGUUUAUCAUGUUGGCUGAGGGUGGCAUACUGUCCAUCAUCAACCUUUUGUGCCUUUGGUUAUUGAUGAGCAGAGAUGACCACAGCAAGAUAAAUUUAACCCAGAGUGGAUUGAAGCAGAAACACGAAAGCUGUAUUAGCAGGCUGUUAAGCACUUAAUUAGAAUAGGAUGCUUUGUUUGUAUCUUUAUACAACACAUAAAAGCACUGAACUUUGCAUCAAACUUCAGGAGUCUGUUCACUGUCAGGAUCUGUGUACAUGCCUGCUUUCACAAGACUGCAACCAAAAAAGUAUCAAGUUUACUGUAUUAAGAAUUAGUUUAAUUUUGUGUGUUAAAUGUGAUUUCAUUCUGUUGUGCUCAUUGAAAAUGUUAUUGCUGAAUGUUGCUACUUCUAUCAGACUUUCAAACCUGUAUAACCUAUACAUGCAACUUCAUUGCUGUUUUCAAGGUCCAGUAGAUGGGAACAAAUUAAAGUUUUUUUUGUGUAAUUCA